GGCCAUCAUGUGCUAGGCCUGCCUUUCGAUCGGCGUCUAGCGGCAACGAUUGUCAUUUCGGCUUGGCCGGCAGAUUCGUUAUCUAGUGAUUAGUCUGAUAUGCCUAUAUCAUUCUCAAAUAAGCGUUUACUUCGUUAAUCAAGUUCAUAACUGAUUUAUAUAGCUGGUUAUCACGCAAACUAUCCACAAACGUUGUGUGCGUGCUCGCUAUGAAGCGCGGGACCGCAUUACCAAUAUUUAUCUUUCCGCUCUACUUUACAGGGACAUUAGAGCAGACCCUGUACGAAGCCGAAAGAUUUUACAAACCAAUGACUGAAAAUUACGACGUGAGGCACCGCGGCCAGUUGAACCUGCCACCCUGUAUGAAACAACUCAUGAAUUGCUGGGAAGUAAUCAAACCGGAACUUUUCUGCAAGUAUGGGCGUGAAUACAGGCAGGCCCUCGAGAGUAUGUGUAUGGACCUACGGUUCCAGUGUGUGGAGUUCUUGGGCCCUCAACCGUUCGAGACACUUAACGUGUCAAAUUGGGCUUACUGCCCCCCUACCAGAGUACAGCAGGAUUAUUUGGACCUCCGUCCGGCUGCGGGCUUUGAACAAAGAACUGAUUUUGAGUGGUGGAGACAUUUACAGACAAUUCCUAAUUACCAAAGUUUAGGCCUGAUCGAUGGAACUGUGAAUUUCCCAAAGAGACCUUGGUCCUUCUGGGGUUGGUUGGGGUGAGUACAUGCAGAAACGUUUAGAGAACUAUUGUUUGUUUAUUUAUUUAUAAGUAUUCACUGUUGUUCCGUAGGUCAAACAAAGUUGAUUUAGCCCGGUAAACCAAAAAGGGUAAUUUGUAUAGGCAUAGUUAAGUGACAUCCAGCGACAAUCA